AUGAAGCCUCAAAUUUUUUAUAACUUAGAAUAAAUCCAAAAUUUGUUAAGGUCCGGAUAAUAUGGAAAAAAAAAUUAGAAAGUUGGAUAUUGCAUUGCUCAAAGGAAGGGUAAUAUAUGGGAAAUUUAUUAUGAAGGAUCUUAAAUGUAAAAACUGUCAUUUGUAAUAAUUUAGUGGUGGUGGAUCAUAUGAACAGGAAGGUAAUGAAAUAAAGAUUGGCAAGUGGAUUGAAUUAAAUAUAGACUUUUAAUAUUCUAAAUAACUAAUUUAUAAAUGUGUAUGAGCAUGGUAAGAAAUUUGGCAAAUGGGAAACUCAGUAUAGAAAGAACAAUGAAUAUGACUUCAAAAAAUGUAAACAUUAUACAAAGUUGCCUAAGUGGUAGUGGUUCAUAUGA